CUCCGACAGCUGGGUGUAAAUUAGUGGUGCCCGGAGAAUUCACAAAAUCGACCGCUUCUUCUGGAGGUGUUGAGCCCAAAUAAACCAUUAAACAUUUACUAUAUUCAAAACUGAAAAGGGGUGGACAACCACCAUUUUUGUUUUUCUACACACUCCCUAUUUUUGUAACCCUUUUUUUUCCUUCCCUCUCCUUUUCCUCUCUCUUCAUUCUUUCAUCUUCCUUUUCACCAUAACCAAUCCCGCUUUCCAUCUCCUCUUCAAUCGCUAAACAAUCUUAAGCUAGUUAUAUAAGAUGGCAGAUGUAGAGGAUGUCCAACCACUUGUGUGCGACAAUGGGACUGGAAUGGUUAAGGCUGGAUUUGCCGGAGAUGAUGCUCCGAGGGCUGUCUUUCCUAGCAUUGUGGGUCGACCCCGUCACACUGGUGUCAUGGUUGGUAUGGGCCAGAAAGACGCAUAUGUUGGAGACGAGGCUCAAUCAAAACGUGGUAUCUUGACCUUGAAAUACCCUAUUGAGCACGGUAUUGUCACUAACUGGGAUGACAUGGAAAAGAUUUGGCAUCAUACCUUCUACAAUGAGCUUCGAGUUGCUCCUGAGGAGCACCCAGUUUUGCUGACAGAAGCACCUCUUAACCCAAAGGCCAAUCGUGAGAAGAUGACCCAAAUUAUGUUUGAAACUUUUAAUGCUCCUGCUAUGUAUGUCGCCAUCCAGGCUGUUCUCUCCCUGUACGCUAGUGGUCGUACUACUGGUAUUGUAUUGGACUCUGGUGAUGGUGUGAGUCACACUGUUCCCAUCUACGAGGGUUAUGCCCUACCACACGCUAUCUUGCGUCUUGAUUUGGCUGGACGUGAUCUGACUGACCAUCUUAUGAAGAUUCUUACUGAGAGGGGUUACUCUUUCACCACCUCUGCUGAGCGAGAAAUUGUAAGAGAUAUAAAAGAGAAGCUGUCAUACAUUGCUCUUGACUAUGAGCAGGAGCUUGAGACUGCAAAGACUAGCUCUUCAGUAGAGAAGAACUAUGAAUUGCCUGAUGGGCAGGUUAUUACCAUUGGUGGUGAGCGUUUCCGAUGUCCUGAAGUUCUGUUCCAGCCAUCCAUGAUCGGUAUGGAAGCUGCUGGUAUUCACGAAACCACUUACAACUCCAUCAUGAAGUGUGAUGUUGAUAUCAGGAAAGAUCUGUAUGGAAACAUUGUUCUCAGUGGAGGAACCACAAUGUUCCCUGGAAUUGCUGAUAGAAUGAGCAAGGAGAUCACUGCUUUGGCCCCAAGCAGCAUGAAAAUCAAGGUUGUUGCCCCACCUGAGAGGAAGUACAGUGUCUGGAUUGGAGGUUCUAUCUUGGCAUCUCUCAGCACAUUCCAACAGAUGUGGAUUGCCAAGGCAGAAUAUGAUGAAUCUGGUCCAUCAAUUGUUCACCGCAAGUGUUUCUAAAUUAUUUUCUGUUGGAUUAUAGAGUUGGAAGAAGAAUAAUCUUCUCUUUUGGCGCAAGGAAGUUACAGCUUGAAGAUACUUUUUUUUUUAUAUGACCUAUCCCAAGUUUAUUGACAUUGUUGUCUGAGACUUGGCUUUUAAAGUCUGGGCAGAGGAAGGACACAAAGAGUUCAGAAUUAAAUUCGUUCAUUAUUUUGUUUUUGUUUAGUUGAAUUUCUUGUUCAAUUUAUAAUCGAGAGUAAUCUGUGAUAUAUUAACAAUCGUCCAUUUUGCUAUUAUUAAACUGUCAUUGUAUCG